CAAGUUUACUGUCCAUUUCCUCUAACCUGCGCUGCCUUUGCUCAGUGCUUCGCCAUGGCACGCCCUGCUGGUUGGGCACAAGGCACUGGCGACCAGGUGAAGAUGAAAACGGCAUUGCGGACCUGCCGCUCUCCAAGUCGUUUGCCAAGUCCAGCGAGUCUCCUCUGCCGACGCGAUGAAUGGCAGGAGCUCAUGCCAUGGUUGUUGGCUUUCUUGCCCAUGACCUUCAGAGAUGCUAGGCGGACACGAAACUGCUGUGAGGAGAACCAUGACGGCCCGGUUUGCAAAGGGCGUUCGUUUGUAAGGAAUGGCAUCGCCCAAGGAAGGAGGGGAAGUUGCACGAGCUCAGCUUCGAAUGGCGUCAGUGGAAACAUUUGUUGAUGGGGUCUUUGCUCUUUGCACGAUUUAAGUGGGAGUUCACCACUAGAUUCGUGCAGCUUCACUUGGAACUUCUUGGAACGAUGCACUUCAUGAACGGGGGGAGUUCUGGGCAAUACAUGCAGAAGCCCGAUCGCUGUUGAAGGAAAUCUAUGAACCUAGAUGUUAUCCGAGACUAGCAGAAUAAUUAGAACAAGAUUUGUCGAGGGCCACCUGUCGUUGAAAAGAUGAAGGAGGCGUUGUCCUCCUUUUGCUUUACUCCGGGAGAAGCUAACUACAUCUCGCAACCUUUGUUGUGGAUUUCGUCCACCCACCAACCUUGACAAAGCUCGCAAGGCAUAAAAGAGGGAGACUGUUCGCUGUGACCCG